AUGGUGACGGCAGGCAGGCGGGAGCGGACGGCCAACCCCAGCCAGGAGGACCCAGCAAGCAGCCCCGCGCCGGAGCGCCCCGAAGACGCCCAGCCCGGGGAGCAGCGGAACGGGCAGCACGUGCCAGGAGGUGGGCUGGCUCCUGCCGCCGAGGCGCUUGAGGGCAGCCAGGUGCCCAGUGACUCCGAGGGGGACGUGUACUGCGAUACCCUGGAGCAGAUGGAGCCUGAGCAGGCAGAUCUCUGUAGUGUCAGCUCCCCCAGCUCUGCACGCCACCGCGGCACCGCCACGCUGCCGCUCGGCACCGCUAUCCUGGCAGCCCGCCUGGUCCCCGUCACCAAGGCGAGGCUGAGGAGCCCUCGGUGCGGCCCAGCGCCACCCACGGCCCCCUCCUUCCGCCGGCGGGGCACUGGGGGGCUGCCGGCGCUGAGCGAGCUCGGCUGCCACCGGCAGCGCUCGGCACUUGAGGUGCUGCGGCGAGGCUCGGCGGAUCCGGCUGGGCAGCCGCUGGGUCUCUCCCCGAACGGCCUCCAGGCCGGGCCUGAGCCGCUGCCGCCCCGUGGCGCUGGGCAGGGAGAGCGGGGUGAAGGCAGAAGACUAGAGGGGAGGAGCAGCGCUGGCCUCGCGGCCCUCGGCUCCCAGAGAGAUCUCCAGCUCGCUGGGGCAGAGCAGGACGCCGGGAGCGUCUCCGAGCUCGCCCUGGAGCUGCCGGCGGAGCUGGAUGCCCGCGUGGCCAGCGCUGUCCGAGCCCUGCAGGACGACAUGCGGGGGAGGAGGCAGCACCGCCAUCUCCAGCUCGCUGGGGCAGAGCAGGACGCCGGGAGCGUCUCCGAGCUCGCCCUGGAGCUGCCGGCGGAGCUGGAUGCCCGCGUGGCCAGCGCUGUCCGAGCCCUGCAGGACGACAUGCGGCAAGUGCUGGAGCGCCUGAGCCAGCUGGAGACGCUGGCCUCCGCGCAGGGGGACGCAGCUGGGACUGACCCGGGCUGGCCGCUCGCUCCGCAGGGGGCCGCCAAGUCGGAGGACACGAGCGAGGAGGAUUUCCUGGAGGAGGCGGCGGAGGAGGACGGGGGCAGCGACGGGAUGGGGGGGGACGGCAGCGAGUUUCUGCAGCGGGACUUCUCGGAGACCUACGAGCGGUACCAUGUGGAGAGCCUGCAGAACAUGAGCAAGCAGGAGCUGGUGAAGGAGUACCUGGAGCUGGAGAAAUGCCUCUCCCGCAUGGAGGAGGAGAACAACCGGCUGAGGAUGGAGAGUAAAAAACACGGGGGGGAGGCGGCGGAGACGCGGGUGAGGCAGCUGCAGCUGGAGGUGGACAGGUUGCGAGCCGAGAACCUGCGGCUGCUGAAGGAGAGGGCGCCGCCGGGGCGGGAGCAGAGCCCCUGCCCGGCCGGCGGAGCCCAGGUCGGUCAGCGGAAAUCGGGGCCAAAGCACGUAAAAAAGGCAGGACGAAGCCAGCCCUGCUCCAUCGCCACCCCGCUGCAUGUCCCCAGACAGGCCAUCGCCGUGUCCUACUCCUGUCCCCGGCGUCCCCGGCUGCGGCAGUCGAUAUCCCAGCCGGGUCGAACCCGGCGCGCUGACGGCAUCACCGAGCCGGGAGCGUCCACUGCAUCCCUCGCCCACGGGGCCCCGGCGGGAACCCCCAGCCACGGCACCCCCAUCCUGUGGCUCUGCCCCGCCAGUGGCAAGGUCACGGGGACGGGUGAGCAGCGAGGUCGUGGUGGCCCUGCCACCGCCCUGGCGCUGGGGACAUUUGUCACCGACACCCUGCCAGCAGCCGUGGACUUUGUGCCGAGCACGGGAGCAGCGGCGGUGACAUGUCUGCCAGCGCUGACAGAGCCCCACAUCGCCUGCAAGACCUGGCUUCGGACAGCAGGUAGCACCAGGGUGACAUCCCCUCCUCUCGGGGUGAUGCGGUGA